AAGGAAAAAUGAAAAAGAAAAAUCCAACCUUUUUGCAGUUUGACAUUAAAAAUUCAAUCUUCAUUAAUCUCAUAAAAAAUCAACCUUUAUACCCAACCUUUUUUAACAGGUUCAUUUGACCUUUAACCUGUUAAACAUAUAUAUAUAUAUUUUUUUUUUAAAUUCUCACUUUCCUUCUCACUCCUCUUUACACCACCAUCAGUUCACCACCUUUGCCACCACUUCCCUUAAUCACUUUCCUUCUCUCUCCUCUUCUUCCUUCUCCUCCUCCUCCACUCUCCCUCAUUCCAAACCAACGCCCAACCACAAGUCCCGCAGCCUCCUCUCAUACACAACCUCCUCUUACCUCCCCAUUCCUUUUCUAUGCCCACCAUAACCACCACCCACCAUCUCCCUCACCCAACCCCGACAACUUCAUCUAAAGGGUUUCGAAAUUGGGGCCGAAAAUAUGAAAACUGGGGCCGAAAAUAGGUGGUGCGACAGUGGAGCAGCACCGCCGAAUGGAGUGUGCAAGAGAGGAGUUGCGACGGUGGAGUUGUUUGGUAUGGGUUGAGUGAGGAGGUGGCUGCAACAACGGCUAAUUUGGGUGGAGAUGGAGUAGGGAGUAGCAAUUGGUGUGCGGUGGAAGUAUAUUUGGUGGUUGGUUUGGGAUUUCGGGCUGUCGAGGCUGGGCGGUUUGGAGUCAGUGGUUGCUGUUGUCUCUAGGUUACGGUGAGCGGUGGGGAUGGGGUGGUCAGGUACGAUGGGGAUGGGAUUUCAGGCUGGGCGGUUUGGAGUCGGUGGUUGCUUUUGUCUUUGUGUUACGGUGGGCGGUGGGGAUAGGGAGGUUAGGUACGGUGGGGAUGGGGUGGUCAGGGAAGGAGGUGUGGUUGGCUUUUCUAAUUUUUUAUUUUUUUUUGUUUUUUAAUGAUUAAAAAAAUAAUCGACCAAUUAAUGAAUAUGACACAUAACUUACAAAAAUCGGUCAUCAACAGGUAAUGGAUCUGUUAGAGAAGGUGGGUUAUAAAGGUUGGAUUUUUAUGAGAUUAAUGGAAGGUUGAAUUUUUAUUGUCUGCAAAAAGGUUGGAUUUUUAGUUUCCAUUUUUCCUAUUAUAAAGGUCAUAAAAUGUUAUUUUUGACAAAUUUAAUACUCCCUCCGUUUUUCAAUAAUUGUUCCAUUUCUCCAUGCGCGGAGUUUUAGGAGAAAUUGGAGAAAGUUAUAAAAUAUAGAGGUAGUGGGGUUGGUAGAAGAAUAAAGAAUUGUAAAAAGCAUAGUAGUGGAGAAAUUAGAGGAGAGAGAAUAUGAAUUAAUAAAAUAUGAUAUUUGUUGGGUCUACUGGUGAGAGAAAUGAGUUAAAUAUUGUAAAAACUUUCCAAAUAAGAAAAUGGAGCAAGUCUUUAAAAACGGCCGAAAAAGAAAGUGGAGCAAGUAUUUAAAAACGGAGGGAGUAAUGUACAAAUCAAUAUGAAUGAUAAAGGUCCUUAUGUUAAAAUGAGUCGCUAUGUUCAACAUAACAUAGUACUUUGGGUUCGUAUAAUAUUAAAGGUUACACAAAUUUUAAUAAAGGUUACUAUUUAUUAACUUUAUUAAAAUUAAGGUUACUGUGGUUAAAAUUAGGAUCACUAUAUUUAAUAUAAUAUCAGUUUUACAUUUAUAGACCUCGGGUCCAUAAUAAUUUACUGUUAACAAGGUUCACUCAAGUUUUUCCUCCCCGAUUGUCCUCUUACUCUCUCUCUCUUUAAUAUAUUAUAUGUGGCUAAAUCAAAUGCGUCAACUAAAUAGGAUCAAAUGAAAUAAUUUUUUUUGUUAAUCAGGGUGAUGGUCACUCAAAAUAAAAACUUCUGAAUUGCGGAAAAAGAGAAAAGUACGAGUGAAAAAUAUGAAGGGGCAGUACAACUAUACAAGACAAAUUUGGAAAUAUUCACUACAACUCCUGCACUUCUUCUCCAUAUUUGCCUUCUUGCUUUCAAAAUUCUCGUCAAUGGAGGUCACUUUCUCCAUAACCCCAUCAAAUACUUCUGCAACAACCUAAACUUUUCAAACUCUAAACCCCACUAAAUUAGAACUUCCAAAAUCCCAGAAAACUUCAGCAUUUAUUCUCUCAAUGCAACCCUCACAUUUCCAAUUUACUGGUAAGUUUAAUUUUCAAGUUAUUCGUCGUUUUUUUUGCCGGAAUUCUUCAAUUUUAGCCAAUUUCUCUCUCCACUAACUCUAAAUUUGUCAAAAUUUUCCUACAUUUUACUUUGAAGAGAUACCCAUUUUGUCAAUUUCAUUCUUCCCCUGUUUUUGAUACGUGAAAACCUAACCAUGGAAAUUGUAAAUUAUGGAAGUAAACAUAGUAAUAAUCAUAAUUCUAGGGUUACAUUUUCUCGUGAUUUCCCACCUGGGUGUGGGUGUGUAAAUGCAAAUUCACCCUUUAUGAUUUUGUCUGAUAAGAAAUCAGUUCAUCAUUAUGCAAGAGAUUUCCCUCUUGGGUGUUGUCCAAAUGGGCCUAAAAUCACUCAAUUUGGUGGAGAUUUAAGUGAUUGGAGGCGUGUUGUUGGGGCUGUGAGAAGUAAACAAGUAAUGGGUGACAAAGAAGUUUCCAGAAAUGUCCAGAAUUUGAUGGGAAAGGGGAAAAAACCUGUGUUGAGUAGUUUUAGUGAAGUGAAGUCAAAGGAGAGAGAAAAAGGGGUUGACUUGAAGAAACCUGUGUUGAGUAGUUUUAGUGAGGGGAGGUCAAAGGAGAGAGAAAAAGGGGUUGACUUGAAGAAAGCCGAGAAGGUUAAGGGGAAGGGGAUAGUUAUGAACAAUUCUGGGGGGAGUGAGAGGGAGAAAGUGGUUGGAAUGUUGAGUUUGUUUAGGAAGAGGUGUAAAGAUAUUUCAAUGAGUGGGAGGGGGGUUAAGAGGGUUGAUAUAACAGCAUAUAAUGAGUUGAAAAAUGAAGGGAAGAUUGUGAAUAGGUCAGCUGUGAUGAUUGGGAAUGUGCCCUGUGUAGACGUUGGGGAUAAGUUUCAGUAUAGGAUUGAGUUGUUGAUUGUUGGAUUACAUAAGCAGACUCAAGGAGGGAUUGAUAGUAUGGAGUGGCGUGGGGGUAGAAUAUCGACGAGUAUUGUUGCGAAUGAGAGGCAUUUAGACAAGAUGAAUGAUCCUAAUGCCUUGACUUAUAUUGGGGAAGGAGGGGUUCUUAAGCGCCAUGAAGUUGGGGUUCCUCCUGAUCAGGAACUUAAGGGUGGGAAUCGCGCCUUGUGGACUAGCUGGAAGGAGAAAAGGCCUGUUAGAGUGAUUAGAGGGCUUGUUUCUGAGAAGAGUAAUAGUCAGAAGUUGUAUGUUUAUGAUGGUUUGUAUGAAGUGGGGAAAUGGGAGAAAAAGAAAGGACCACAAGGGAAUAUGAUCUUCGAGUUUCAGCUGGCACGUUGUGAUGGACAACCUGCAGUUCCAUGGCAAGAGUGUAGGAGGUCUCUCUUUUGAGGUUUUGGGUUGUGCCUUUUUGACUGUGCAGAUCGAGGGUGUGCACUGCUUGUGUAUUUUCGGAUUAGUAUUGCUUCAUUUUGAAAGGUGUUAGUUACUCUAAGUCUCUAAUUAUUAGCCUAGAAUGUUUGUGAUUAAGAAUCAUGUGAUUAUUUUGAUAUAUUGUCACACUUGUUAAGGCUAAUAUAGUUUGUAGGAGUCUAUACUGGUCUGUUAAAGCUAUUAGAUUAUGCAGAUACUGAACAUGUGACCCUUCAUGGUUUAUCUAGUGAUAAAAGACACGGUGCUCCUUCAUUUUCUUAUUGCAGUCUUCAUUCUCAAGGUCUUCUGUUUCUAAGAUCAAAAUCUUUGCAUCCAUUUCUGUACUUCAUUUUAUUGUAUUUCUUCCGAUUAUUGUCUGGGAGGGUAAGGGUUAGGAAGGGGAGGCAGAAAUGGUUCUGCAAGGUAGCUGUUGCUUGUCUAAAUUCACAGGUAAUGAAGGUCUUGGAAGCAUAGGGCCAAACGCGAGCUAUGCAUUAGCAGAAAUUAUGCAGUCCGUGAUCUUUUAUGCUGAUCUAGACGGAAGGAAGCUUGUCAGUGGAUGACAUUGCUGGCUUAACAGAAAUGUUUAUGUCAAUAGAUACUGGUAAUUGUAAUGCUAUCACAUUCAAAGAGCUCAAAGCUGGUUUGAGAAGAUGGUUCAAACCUCAAAGAUUAGAGAUGUGUGAUCUGAAAAGUGCGCAUCAGUCAUGGAAGGGGAAUUGAAAAGAUUGAGAGGAGUUGUUCCAACGUACACUGGAAAAUGGGGUGCUCUGACCAGUGUGAGAAGGAAGAGAUUUUGGCUCGGAACUUAUGAAAAAGAAAUCGAUGCAGCUGUUGCGUAUGACAGAGCGUGUCUGAAGCUUUGUAGACAUAAGUUACUCAAUUUUUCAUUUGAUACUAAUGAGUGUGAGUUUCAAAGCAACUACUCUUUUGAAACCAUAGUAUCCAUGAUAAAAGAUGGAACUUAUCCUGAGAAUUAUGCUCAGUUUUUGGCCAAAAGACAAAAUCUUGGUGGUGGUGUUGGGAGCGGGGAAACUGGAAGUGCUUGUAUCCCCAAGCCACAUGAACCAGUUAUGGUCUUUGGCGUGCGAAUUGGCUAAAGACCUUAAACCCUAGUCCUGUUUAGAUCCUUUGAUGAAUCUUUGUUUCUGGUUAUUUGAUAAACUGAAAGUGCUUGUAUCCCCAAGUUGCAUGAACCAGUUAUGUUGUUUGGCAUGCAAAUUGGCUUAAGACCUUAAACCCUAGUCCUGUUAGAUCCUUUGAUAAAUCUUUGUUUCUGAUUAUUUUCUCAGAAUUAGAUCAUUCUUUUGAUGCUUUAUGUAGAAGAUUGUCAUUUAAAGUUUAUCCUAUGAAUGUUUUAAGACUUAAUUUUAUAUAGCAUGCUUUAUUUGUUCUUGAUCUGUUAUUCACAUCAAUAAUUAGCCUAUUGGCUGUUGAACUUCUCCCUGCAUCGCUGCAGAUGCGGGGAGAGUAGUUCGACAAAUGUAUGAGCUGCAGGUUGUGCAAUCAAAUGUGAGGGUAUAUGUGAAGUCCACACAAUUACAGAUACUGCUGGUGGAUUUUUACAGGCCCUUAACCAUCAAUGUUGUUUCAAUUGAUCAUCCAGUAAUGUAGGUUUUUUUUUUUUUUUUAGACAUUCUUAUAUUCUCCAUUACAAUAGACGAAAAUUUCAAUGCCUGCCUAUUAGUUGUGACCUUAUCUGGGACACUGCAUUUUAAUAUUAAAUUUUUGUGCAGUAUUGUGACUAUUGUCUUAUUUAUAUCAAUACUUCUGGAAAUGUUUUGAGAAUCAUAUCAAGUGACCCGUAUAUCUUUCUGCAAUACUUUGAUUUUGUGUUUUGCUGUUUUAUAGGAUAAAAAUUGAUUGGAGCAAACAUCUUAAUUCACAAGA